AUGAAUGCAAGAGCAAUUCCAAGAGCAAGAUGCAAUGUUCGUAUUGCAGAUGAUAUCGGAGCUAUUUCUGCAUCAUUUUUUGUGUUCGAUUACUUUGCCCUUUCUCCAUUCUAUGACUACACGUACAAUGACGAGCAGCUCCAACUCUGCUCCAUCCACCCCCUUGACUACUCUCAACUCUUGGAACUGAAUGAUAAACUGAUUGUUGGGAAUAUUCCACCAGAACUUGGGAAGCUCGCAGAUUUAUUUGACUUGUAUGUCAUUUUUCUUAUGGCUGAUUGGUAUAUUGUGUGUACCCACUUUUGCUAA